AUUUCAUAACACGACAGUCGUGUGGAGAUAAAUUUAGAGAAAUGACAUCAUUCGCUUUCAAAACCUAACGUCCACAAUGCGAAUCAAGUUUAAACGAGAAUGUUGUUGCUCGUGUUUGAAAACAUAAAGUAAAAUGUGUGCUAAAAAUGGGAAUGUUGUGUUGGAUGUGGAAAUAGAAUGUAAUUUGGAGCCAGGGAUGCUAAAUGAGGUGAAUUGGUUCGUUUUCACAGGCGAGACACCGCGCAGAGAUAAAGGAAAUCGACGAGUGAACCGCGCGAAGUCAUGGCGUAUUUUGGAUAUUUGUACAUGGCUUGGACGGAAGGGCUACCAAUCCAUAACUGGUCUUUACUCCGAGAUGCUUCAAGAGCCUAGACCUUGCAGCAGGGACUGUGGAGGCAGUUUUGUGGUGGAAGAAGUUAAAGAGUUAAGAAAGUUUGUUGAAGAACUGAAUACGAAACAGUCACGGCUGUCUCUAGAGAACGAGGAGCUUCACGAGAGAGUGAAGAAGAUGACCAUCAAAAUCGAUGAAUUGGAGAAUAAGCUAAGCAAGCAGCAAGAAGCAAAGCAAACAGUUCCAGUGAAGGGUGCUCCGCCGCCGCCGCCCCCGCCACCUCCUCCGCCGCCCCCCGCCACAGUGACCAAGCUGCCGGUGCGCUCCAACACACUCCCGCGCUGUGGCUCUGCGCCGCCCAGGAUCGCCGCGCCACGCCUCACCAUCACACCGGAGGAUAUUGCCAAUGUCAAGCUCCGGAAAGCCAAGGAUAACCCGGUGAAGUGUAAGCCGAUCCCUAAAGAGAGUCAGCCCCUCGUCACUAAAGACAUGCUACAGUCAACGCGCGCGAAGCUCGGCCGAUCCCGGCCCGUCGCUUCUUCUACGCCAAAACAACAGCUCACGGAACUUGAGAAAUGUUUGUUGCAAGAAACAUCAGUGACGUCACUGUUCCGGCGGCGCGCGUCUCGCGGCUCGUUCCGUAGCGCGGAGGAGCUGCGCGUGCGGCCGUACCCCGCGCGCUCCCCGCGCUCCCCGCGCUCCCCGCACUCGCCGCGCGCCAACUCCCUGUCGCGCGCCGCCACCAUCGCGCCAAUCAAAUUCCCGCUAUUAAUUACAAAUAAUGAAUGAAACUGACAAUGUCUUUAUGGGAUUGUCAAAUCCACGAACUUGUGGAUGCGCUAAUUAAAAGCUAACAAGACGAUUUUCAAAUGUGAUUAUUUCCGUUAAUCAAUAUUUUCACUACAAUUCUCUGUCUGUUUUCUAUUUCUAUAUGUAAUAUUUAUCAUAUUUUAUGAAGAAGUUUUAUGGCCAGAUGUUUUAUAGAACGUAAUUAGCUCGAUUUCGCCUUUUAAAUGUUUAAAAACUUUUUGUUGUCUUUCCAAAUUAUGUAUGUUAUUAAAACGUAUUGUGACAACGUUAAUAGUAAUUAACAUAUUUUUUUUAACAUAUUUGCAACUUGCAUGCGUCAAACAUUAAAUACCUUAAAGAA